UUUCCCCACCACUUUGUAUUUGAUUUGUGUACUUCAGCAAUGGGCGUACAGACCACACAGUGGCCCAGCCAUGGGGCUUUUUUCCUGAAAUCUUGGCUUCUCAUUUCUCUGGGGCUCUCCUCACAAGUGUCAAAACUCCUGGGGUGCCCCAGUGUCUGCCGCUGCGACAGGAACUUUGUCUACUGUAACGAGCGAAACUUGACCUCAGUGCCUCUUGGGAUCCCGGAGGGUGCAACCACCCUCUACCUCCAAAACAACCAAAUUAAUAAUGCUACAUUUCCUGCAGAACUGCACAACAUGCAGUCAGUGCACACGGUCUACCUUUACGGCAACCAACUGCAAGAAUUCCCCAUGAACCUUCCUAAGAAUGUUCGAGUUCUCCAUUUGCAGGAAAACAACAUUCAGACCAUCUCACGGGAAGCCCUUGCUCAGCUCUUGAAGCUUGAAGAGCUAUACCUUGAUGAAAACUUUUUAAGGACAGAGCAAGUGGAAAUUGGGGCUUUUUGGGAGGCUAUUAGCCUCAAGUUGCUGUUUCUGUCCAAGAAUUAUCUGAACAGAGUACCCUUUGGGCUUCCUAUGAACUUGCAAGAGCUGAGAGUGGAUGAUAACCGAAUCACUGUCAUAUUAGAUGUGGAGUUAGAGCAUCUCCCAAGCUUGGAGCGUCUGAUUUUGGACGGGAAUCUCCUGACCAGCAAAAGCAUUGCUGAGGGCACCUUCAGGCAUCUCACCAAGCUCAAGGAAUUGUCACUCGUAAGGAAUUUGCUCUCCUACCCCCCAGCUGGCCUCCCAAGUACGCAUCUGCUCCGGCUGUAUCUGCAGGACAACCAGAUAAACCACAUCCCCCUGACAGCCUUCUCCAACCUCCGUAAGCUGGAGCGGCUGGAUAUAUCCAACAACCAGCUGCGUGUGCUGACUCAAGGGGUCUUUGACUCUCUCUCCAACCUGAAACAGCUCACUGCUCAGAAUAACCCUUGGUUUUGUGACUGCCGUAUUAAAUGGGUCACAGAAUGGCUCAAAUACAUCCCUUCAUCUCUCAAUGUCCGAGGUUUCACGUGCCAAGGUCCUGAGCAAGUCCGCGGGAUGGCUGUCAGGGAGCUGAACAUGAAUUUUUGUGGUGUCUUUACCAGAGCCCCUAGUACAGCUUCUGACAGAGCAGUGGGGUAG